AUGAAGAAAAAGGUGUUGCUGAUGGGUAAAAGUGGUUCAGGAAAGACCAGUAUGAGAUCCAUUAUAUUUGCAAAUUACAUUGCUAGAGACACCAGGAGGCUAGGAGCAACAAUUGAUGUAGAACACUCACAUGUAAGAUUCCUCGGGAACUUAGUCCUCAAUCUAUGGGAUUGCGGAGGCCAGGAGGCCUUCAUGGAGAACUACUUUGCAUCACAAAGAGACAAUAUUUUCCGGAAUGUUGAAGUACUUAUAUAUGUGUUUGAUGUUGAGAGCAGGGAAAUGGAAAAGGAUAUGCAUUAUUAUCAGUCAUGUCUCGAAGCUAUUUUACAGAACUCACCGGAAGCUAGGAUAUUUUGUUUGGUACAUAAAAUGGACCUGGUGGCUGAGGAGAGGAGAGAGGAAAUCUUCAAGGAACGGGAAGAAGAUCUGAAAGGUCUUUCAAAACCUCUGGAGUGCACUUGCUUUAGAACAAGUAUAUGGGAUGAAACACUUUACAAAGCAUGGUCAAGUAUAGUCUACAAAUUGAUACCCAAUGUCAAAGCCCUGGAAUCAUCACUCAAACAGUUUGCAGCUAUCGUGGAUGCUGAUGAGGUCUUGUUAUUUGAGCGAGCUACAUUCUUAGUAGUGUCACAUUGCCAGCGAAGGCCGCACCGGGACGCCCACCGUUUUGAGAAAGUCUCCAACAUUGUUAAGCAGUUUAAAUUGUCCUGUUCUAAGCUGGCUGCACAGUUCCAGAGCAUGGAGGUUGUAUAUAUGUUUAAAACUUUCUUAUACAGGGUGACUGGUGAAUUACUAUCAAUAUUUAAGGAGAAUACUCGUGAUAAAAUGGCACAAGAAAAACCAACAUUCGACUACCACGUGGAAAGUCACAGCGAAAAGUUAGCUAGAAAAUCAAAGGAAUCCCCUUUCAUGGUCAUUGGGUUAGCCAGUCUAGUAGGGGCGGUCGGUUAUGGCAUAUAUUCCUUCAAGAACCGCGGUCCUAUGAGCACCAGCGUUUUUCUGAUGCAGUUCCGAGUCAUAGCUCAAGGAGCGACCGUGGGCGCUCUCACAGCCGGCAUAACUUACUCAAUGUACAGCAAUUAUUUCAAUAAAAGCAAAGCUGUUUUAAACACGGAGCAUUAG